AUGCCCAAAGGUAAUCGACCUGCGACGUCCGGUUAUGCCCGCCUGGCCCAGGAGGAGGAAGAUAGAGCUCAUGACUUGUACGACUACUCCGAUGACGAUGACCUGCGACAACCAUCAAACACCAUUUCCCAUUCCGCCCCUCAAUAUGCUCCCAUCUCGUCCCGAGCCCAGAUGCAGUCUGCGGCUGUAGCUCCCCCCACGGAAUAUCGCCGGAGACUGAGUGGACACCACCGACAAGCGCGGAGGAAUUCUGGAGUAGACAUCAAAGCGAUCAAUGCGCGUCUUGAGCGCUGGGCGGAGGAGAUUGCCUCCAAGUUCAAGAUCCACCGCGUCAAGGGAAAGACAUUGGAGGAGGAGAAGCUGGAAAUAUACCACUCUGUCUUCCAAGCUCCCAAUGGUGUCCAACCGAUAACCGCUGAGGAGCUGGACUCGGAGGAAAUUGAAACCGCUCAGCGGGAGGCCCGAGAGGGAUUCGAGGAAGUUGUGGAGAGUGUCCGGCUGGCCAUUGAGUUGGGUGUGCAUCCCCGGAUGAUCUCCCAAGGAAGUUCAGGCAGUUACUUUGCACGGAACAGUGAAGGUAAGGUUGUUGGCGUCUUCAAGCCGAAGGAUGAGGAGCCUUAUGCAUCUCGUAACCCCAAAUGGACCAAGUGGAUUCACCGCAACCUAUUCCCUUGUUUUUUUGGACGUGCUUGUUUGAUUCCCAACCUGUCAUACGUCUCCGAAGCUGCAGCCUAUGUGCUGGACGACCGCCUCCGCACUAACCUAGUCCCUUAUACGGAUAUUGUGUGGCUGUCGUCGAAAUCGUUCUAUUAUGACUUUUGGGAUAGGAGAAAGGCCUGGAUGGGCAAAAAAUCUCUUCCUCCGAAGGCCGGCAGCUUUCAGGUUUUCCUGAAGGGCUACAAGGACGCCAAUUUGUUUCUCCGAGACCAUCCUUGGCCUGAUCAGACUAACACGGGAUUCCGCGCCGAGGACGCACCGAAGCGCAAGAAGCGACCUUGGAACGAGUCUUGUCGUCCGUCCGGGAUGCAGUCCGACGAUGAGGAUGAGGAGGGGUUCGGGAAUGGAUAUGCCGCCCGCACCCCUUCACCCCAAACAGAGAGCAGGGAACGACGAUUCCACUGGACAGAGGCUCUGAAACAGUCCUUUAGGGAAGAAUUGGAGAAGCUGGUUAUCCUGGAUUACAUCAUGCGCAACACAGAUCGUGGCUUGGAUAAUUGGAUGAUCAAGAUUGAUUGGAAUACGGAGGAGGUUUCAAUUGUUGCUGACCCUCCAAAACCGAAUGGGGUCCAUCAUGACCAAGAAGAUGAUGACCACCUACCUCCUGCCCGUCCAGUCUCUGUCAACUCAGCUAAAGCAUCUACCCCUUCCUAUCCGUAUCGACGACACGAGGCAAUGGUGGCUGUAAGCCGCACGGGAACACCCUUGAAUUCCCAAGAGCCCCAAGCAUCUAUUCAAAUCGGAGCCAUUGACAAUAGUUUAUCGUGGCCAUGGAAACAUCCUGAUGCUUGGCGAAGCUUUCCAUUUGGCUGGUUGUUCCUGCCCGUCUCUCUCAUUGGACAGCCCUUUUCUCAGAAAACCCGUGAUCACUUCCUUCCCCUCCUGACCUCGACCGCUUGGUGGAGUGGCACCCAAAUGGCACUACGGCGCGUGUUUGCACAGGACGAUGAUUUCAAGGAGAGCAUGUUUGCUCGACAGAUUGCAGUUAUGAAGGGUCAAGCAUGGAACGUGGUGGAAACAUUGAAGCAUCCAGACCAUGGCCCUUUGGAGCUAACCCGACGACCUCGUGUAUGUGUUUGGGAUGACCUAGUGGAUGUCCCUGUCGCAAUUCCCCUCCGCGGCCCAUCAACGGAGGGCCAGAGGCGCCACUUCAGGAGUUAUGACCGCUACGAUCCAGAUAACGAGGAGAUGGACAUUGGCGCUUCCAUGUCUUUAGCCGACCAAGAUCUGAUCGGCUUUGGCUCACCCACCAACGAACUACCUAACCCGAAUAGAUUUGAGCUCUCGCGUGGCCGCAAUUCGCGGGAUUCUGGACCUGCCCCAACUGCCAGCUCGACCGAUUACGGAUUGAGCCGAGAUAGCAACGAUGAACCCGGUCACGGAAGAAACGAGGACCACAACUGGCCCUCACUCCCUCCUCGGCCCGGUAACAAGCACCAAAAGCAUGACUCUGUCAGCGACGACCUGGAAGGUGAUCUCGGCUAUGCAGCUGCCGAGGGAAUGGAAGGAAACCAGCGCAAAGUGAUUGUUGAACGAUUGGAGGCCGUCAAGAGCAAAAACCCCCGUCUUUGUUAUGGCAAAACUGGCAUGAGGAGUCCGGUAGCUGCGAGGAGGAAGGAGCCAUGGCAUCCCACGCCGCCAUGCUCCUGGACCCUCGGGCCUACAAAAAGCAACUCCAGAAGAAUGGUAAUGAUCUACAGACCCCUCCUCUACAAUCUGAGCUUUGCGAUGAACUAUGCGCUACACCCCAUCGGCUCUGAUGCAGAAGGCUCAUUUAUUCAAGGAAUAGGCCAGCAGGGAGUCAACAAUCAACAGCGUGGUGUACCCUCCCCAAUAGCACCCCAAGAGACCGCUUCUGCCGCACACCAUCUUCUCAACCUGCCGCGCCCGCCGUCCGCCUCCCGCGGUAGUCCCAUGUUGCGAUCGCAGAACCCGUCCUCGGUUGGAUCGACGAGUGCAAGUUCCUCUCCUCUACCGGAUAACCAGACAGAACUGGAUCUCAAUUUUCAAUUUACGACUCCUUCGGGCUCAGAGUCUAGUGACGGCAAGCGGAGCGCAGAUCAGGUUGGAUUAAACGGUGAUUUCGAUUUGCGCCAUAGAAACAUGAUCGAGGAUAUGUAUGGAGUGAAUCGACGUACAACCCUUCCUCACAAGAGACAGAGGACAGAUAAGGAUGGACAUUCAAAGGCUAACAGAAGACCAAUAACGGGUAACAAUGGGCUAGGAGAAUGGAUGAAGGAGGAUGAUGACCAGGAACAAUCAACCUCCCUGGCGAUUACACCCGAUGUUGUUGAUUUGACCAUUGAUGGCUCGGCGGGGAACAAUGACGACGACGAACUUCAGGUCACCGGCUCAAAUAAUCUUAGCAUUCAAAGAGUAUGUUAUGGAAAGCUAGAAAAUGCCAUGAUCCAAGCGGUCAUGGUUCCUAAACCGGCUGUACAAACUAUUUUUGGGGAUUCUGCACACGACUGGCCUUCAAUGAAGUUGGGAGUGCAUCGACAGGCGGGCCUGGGUAACCACCGAAUUGACAUCUCAGAUCCGCACGGGAAGAUAUUUGGCGCCAUUGAUGCAAAGACAGCUGCUGUGAUUGUGCCACUUCUCGAUUCCCCGGCUUUAAAGAUGGAUGUGACGGGUCGACUGGAUGUUCGAAAGAAAUUGCCCAACGAGAUUCCUUGGUCUCCCUGCUCGUCGCUCUUUCGAGCAUCUAUCAAUUUGUACGGUCUCCGCAAAGAUGCCGAAAUAGUCGGGAAACAUCUAGGCCAGCAUAAUGUUUGGCUAGCCACUCCAUUUUCGGUGGAGCAGGGAGUUCCUGUGUUCAACCCACACGCAGAGAGACGCCGAAUACAAACAUCUUGGGCGCCUGGGGGUCCUCAACGGAAUCGAGCCGGAGUCAAUUACGAAGUGCGGACAGCUGAAGAGGUCAGCGAUGCUGUGAUGAAGAUGUUCGAUCAGCUUCAAAGUGCCGAUAAUAUUCCCGAAAUGGAACCUCCAUCACUUGUAACAACCCCCCUCCUCCGGCACCAGAAACAGGCCCUCUGGUACAUGACACAGAAGGAAAAACCUCGCAAGUUUGGGCCUAAGGAAGAAGACAACAACUCCCUUUGGAGAAUGGAAUAUCGUGCAAAUGGGGCGAAACGGUACCGUGAGAUUAUCAGUGGUAUGGUGAUGGAAGAAGAGCCUCCUCAAAGCUUGGGUGGAUUGUUAGCCGACAUGAUGGGUCUCGGAAAGACGCUGAGCAUUCUAUCCUUGGUCGUGUCUUCAUUAGACCAGGCUCGAGAGUGGGCGAAUACGAUCCCCCCGCCUGGAUUAGUUCGCAGCUUGCCAGGUAUCCGCAACACGAAGACUACUGUCCUCGUGGUCCCGCUCAGUACCGUAAACAACUGGGUUUCCCAAAUCAAGGAGCAUUUACAAGAUAAUGCUGUUUCGUCAUACGUGUUUCACGGAUCCUCUCGAACUUCUAGCGUUGAUGAACUCUCCAAGUAUGACCUGGUGAUUACCACGUAUAGUAUUGUCCUGAGUGAGCUUUCGGGCCGCGGCUCGAAGCGGGCCGGGAUGAGCCCGCUCCUAAAGAUGAAUAUGUUUCGAAUCGUCCUGGAUGAAGCCCAUACAAUCCGGGAGCAAAGCGCCGCUCAAACGCAGGCGAUCUUUAAGUUGAACUCACAGCGCCACUGGUCUGUUACGGGCACCCCGAUCCAGAACCGGCUGGAGGAUUUGCUGUCGGUAACCAAGUUUCUGCGACUAUUUCCCUAUGAUGACCGAGGCCGAUUUGGAAUGCACAUUCUUAGCCGGUUCAAAACAGGCGAUGCCACAGUUCUGGCCAGCUUGCGCGUCCUAGUAGACUCGUUCACCCUCCGCCGAGUCAAGGAUAAGAUCAACCUUCCGGAGCGGAAAGAUAAGAUGGUCAUGUUGGAGUUCUCUGAGCCCGAGAAGCAGCUGCACGAAUUCCUACGGAGGGAAUCCAACGUGAUGAUGCAGGUGAUCGCGGGAGAGGAUAAAAAUCGAAUGAAAGGCCGAAUGUACCAUCACAUUCUGAAGGCAAUGAUGAUUCUUCGCCAGGUCAGCGCACAUGGGAAAGAGCUUCUAGAUAAUGACGAGCGGAGGAGAAUCAAGGGCAUGAGCGUACAUGAUGCUAUCGACCUCGAAGAGGGGUCUAGCGAUCCCACCGGAGUAUCGGACAAGAAAGCAUACGAAAUGUUCACCCUAAUGCAAGAAUCAUCCGCUGACGCCUGCGCUGUCUGUGGCAAACGCUUGGAGGAACCGAAUACUGACAGCAACGGCACUACGGUUCCUGGAACAGCGGCUAUUGCGGUGAUUCUGCCUUGUUUUGAUAUUAUGUGCCCGGAUUGCUUCUCCCCUUAUCAACAAGCCUUUGACGCGCAAACCGGAGGCCCGGGGUCUUACGAUAUCAAAUGCUCCGUGUGUGACGGCUGGAUUCCGACAUCAUACUCGACGAUCACCGUGGGCGGCUUGCAGGACUACACGAUGAACCAAGCCCAAGCGAAGCAGAGUCGGAAGCAGGCCAAGACUCUGGGCGAGUAUGAAGGUCCCCAUACGAAGACGAAAGCACUCAUAAACCACCUUUUAUCCACGGCAGAGGCAAGCGAACAGCUCCCUCCCGGGGAGCCCCCGAUGAAGAGUGUUGUGUUUUCAGCUUGGACCUCCCAUUUGGAUCUGAUUGAGAUUGCCUUGCGGGAUAACGGACUGACAGGAUAUACGCGACUCGAUGGGACCAUGUCCCUCGCGGCCCGCAAUAAGGCGCUGGAGACUUUCCGCCUUGACGACCGAAUUACCGUGCUCCUGGCCACUAUCGGAGCUGGUGGGGUCGGCCUGAAUCUUACAGCAGCAUCGCACGUCUAUAUCAUGGAGCCACAGUAUAAUCCCGCCGCCGUGGCGCAGGCCAUUGACCGGGUGCAUCGACUGGGACAAAACCGGGCGGUGACAACGGUACAGUUCCUGAUGAAGAAUAGUAUUGAGGAGAAGAUCUUCGAGCUGGCAAAGAGAAAGCAGCAGCUCGCCGAUAUGUCCUUGAGUCGGGGGAAGUUGGAUAAAAAGGACGUUCAAGAGCAGCGGAUGAAGGAAUACCGCAGUUUAUUCAAAUGA